AUAAGACCUACCUUCAAAAAGGUGACAAAUCAGGAGACAGAUUUCAAAGGCCACAUCCCAUUACAGGGUCCUCAGAACGCUACUCCCCGUAUGACUGCUUUCGCCAAAAGAGCCAGACUGAACCAGAGGAAAUACUGUGCAGCCUCAACAUCGUAUCUGAUCUGUGCAGUAAUGUGAAUUCGUUAGAAGCUAAAUAAAGAAACAGGGUGCUAUCUUAUGACAGAUACUUGCUAUGCCAUGUUUAAGGCUGGUCUUCCAUCUUCACAGUGUCAUCAUAAAUCAGAAGUUCAUGCAAAACAUGGAAAAACAAACCAAAGACAAACUUGAAGUGAGUUCAGAUGGAUAGCUGAUGCUCCCGAGUACAGUGGAGAUUUUCAGUUCUGACAAACAGGCCUUACUGAGAUGGACUUCUGACCCACACACAGAAUGGUCCGAAAUUCAGCUGAGAGUUGGUACAGAGAGUCCAGUGCCUGUGCUUCAAGCUUGUGGAAGAAAAGUAACAAGAACUAUUCUAAGCCCUUGGAUGGAGCGUAAAGAAGCCCACUAUCUACUUAUGGAUAUAUCAUUUGCCCAAGAAGAGGAACCGCCUGGUCAGCUCGGCCCAUUGCAAGUUCACCUUUUUGACACAGACACACCCAUCACAAGAUUUCAGAAAAGCUGGGCAGUUCUUGAACUCCAGACCUCUAAGCUCUUCCCUGUCACAGUCACUCUGAACCAAAUAUCCAGCUACCUGAACCACAGCCUGGCUCUGAGCCUGGGCUCAGUCAGUCGCAGAGGCUUCCAGCUUGCCUUUUCCUACUCCAAAACGUGUGUGUUGUUAACUUCCAUCAGACUGUUCUACAGGAGGUGCCCUGAUAUUGUGGCUCAGCUGGCCUCGUUUGGAAGGACAGGGGCCGGGUCCGGGCCUCUGACAGGUUCCUGUGUGAAGGGAGCUGUGCCGGUUUCUCUGCCGGUUAGAGAGUGUAAUUUGGAUGGAGUGUGGGGGCCACUGCAGGGGGGAUGUACCUGUGAACCAGGGCAUCAAGUCAUGGAUGACACCUGUAAAGCAUGUAGAAUGGGCUACUACAAACCAGCCAACGACAGUGCAGGAUGCCGGCUGUGCCCAGCGAAUACCAGGACACAUGGGGAGGGAUCAGAGAGAUGUGACUGUCUGCAGGGUUUCAGCCGCCUGCCAACUGACUCUGAUGACCUCAGCUGCACGAAGCCACCCUCUGAUCCUGUGAAUCUAACAGCCCAUCAUCAUAAUGACUCAGUUCUGACUUUGACGUGGGAUCCUCCUCUUGACUGGGGAGGCAGACAGGAAGUGAAAUAUUGCGUCAAGUGUGAGACAAAGGCAGAGGCUGGCAGUCACUGGGAUGCAUGUGGGGACAAUGUGAUUUUCCUGCCAGACUCAUCAGGGCUAACCAGCACAUCAGUCAGAAUCACAGGUCUAAACCCACAGUGUGACUACAGACUGUCAGUGCAAGCCUGGAAUUAUAUAUCCAACCUGCAGGGGGCACCACUCGCAUCCACAGCCGCUGUUACCAUUCAUAGAUGGAAAGUUCCACCUGUGGUGAUCACUGUGACCAAAGGCUUAAACAUGCAGGAAAUAACACCAGCUCCCCAGCACCAGCGACGCUUCUCCAUAUGGCUGACAGUUGGUGUUUUAUUUGGUAGCCUACUGCUCCUGGCUGUAAUCCCCAUAGCUGUAUGCGUCUUGCGCCGACACUACAUUAAACUCUGGUCAGACCAAGAUAUAGAGCUUUUGCCAGUGAAUGCUGAAUUUUCCUACCGACGUUCACUGGUAGUGGAGGCUGCACCUGAGCAGGCCAACAGGGUGGAAGGGGUGGCCCAGUUGUUGGGGGGGCUCAGUAGCAGGCUGCUGGGCAGUCUGAAGGACGCCCUGGUAGAGAGAGACAAGCUGACACUUGGCAAGGAACUUGGCAAAGGAGAGUUUGGCUCAGUCUAUGAAGGGAUUUUUACACCAGAGAAAGGCGUGAACAUCAAGGUGGCUGUGAAGACCAUGAGAGUUGGAAUCCACAGCCAGGAAGACUUACAUGAGUUUUUGAGAGAGGCAGAGAUCAUGAAGAACUUUGAUCAUGAAAAUGUGGUCACACUACUCGGGGUCACUUUACAGAGAGAGCAUGACUUUCCUCAGCCUGUUCCUUUGGUCAUCCUGCCCUACAUGAAACAUGGAGACCUGCACCACUUCCUCAUUGCUCAACGCUACGGUGAUAUUCCCAUGUUUAUUCCCCAUCAGUGUCUCUUGCGCUUCAUGAUUGACAUUGCAGCAGGGAUGACCUAUCUGAGCUCGCAAGGGUUUCUGCACAGGGACUUGGCUGCACGCAACUGCAUGCUUGGUGAUGACCUUAGGGUGUCUGUGGCUGACUUUGGCCUGUCCAAGCAAAUGUACAGCAGCAAUUAUUAUCGUCAGAAAGUAGCUAUCCGUGUCCCAAUCAAGUGGCUGGCCAUGGAGAGCCUGUCUGAGUCUGUGUACACAACCAAAAGUGAUGUGUGGUCAUUCGGGGUGACCAUGUGGGAGAUUGUAUCCCGGGGGAGGAUGCCUUAUCCUGGAGUCCAUAACCACGAACUGCUAGACCUGCUGAAGUCUGGACAUAGGCUAAAACCCCCUGAGGAGUGUGACCAGAAACUUUAUGAAGUCAUGCAGAGCUGCUGGGAUAAGGAGCCGAACCGGAGGCCUGGCUUCAGGGAACUGGGCGAGACACUGAAAGGUCUUCUGUCGGAGCUGCCAGUCAUGGAUGCCAGCCAGGAGGCCUGCUACAUCAACCAGGGCCUGGAGGCUGCUGCUGUGGCUGCCUCUCUAGAGCCACAGACAGACUCCGGGGGAAAAUUGGAAAAUGUCUACCUGCGUACUCCUGUGGGUGCUGCUGCAGCCAGAGAUGAAGAUGUCGAAGAAGAUGAUGGCUACCUUAAGUAUAUUUGUGGUUCAACAGUUAAGGUGGAUGAUAAUCACUUAAAAAGACAGUGUUUUAUAAGUCACAAAGUGUAAUUCUGUAUUAAAGUGGACUUCUCAUGAACUGUGUGUGAAAGCGAGAUAGAGAUGUUGUACCACUCAGGGGCAUUUCCAGCUUCCCAUUGGAAUUUGGAAUUUGCACUUUUAAAAUAUUUUGUAUAUCUGUAUUGUAUAUCUUUUACUGGAAAAUAAGAUAUUAGUGAAGUUAAAAUACCUAUACUAAUGUUAGGUCAAAAUUAUAACGUUACUAAAUCAAACUAUGAGAUUCUAUGUCAAAAUGAUAUGGUAUUCGGGGUGGAUUAAAAAACUGCUUUUAAGGUGAUUUUGAGUUUAAAAAAAAAAUGUAGAUGAUAGCUGCUAUAUUAGCCGCCUUGCUUCAAGACAAUCUCGUAAAUUGUGACGUAAAUAGUUACACUCUGUGGACUCAAAGCAGUUUACGGGACCGUGGUGAGUCAGGAUUGUUAGCUGGCUCUGGCUAUCUCUUCUUGAAUCUAGAGAUUGUAACUACGAGAGGGAGAGACUGAAAAAAUACUGCAAAGUAAUCCGAGCUCUGUUUGUGUUAGUUGAAGAGAUACUACCUUAUUCUACGAGAUGUGAGGCCGUGGAAGUCGAGUAUAAAGUGUGUGGAUUCUGCUUUAUUCAGUUUGUCCCUGCCGGGGAGCGAAACACCAGCUCACAGCUGUCUGCAGAUAUCUUGCUAAUGUCCUGUCGACACAAACAGUGUAAUACAUUAGUGAGCAGACUUUCAGUUUCUGUCCUGUCUUGGAAGUGGUGCAGUUUUUUUUUUUUUUUUUUUUUUUUUUUUAAUUCUCGCUCAAGUGUUUUGCACAUGAAGGCCUAAAAGUAUAUAUGUAUCAUGCUUUACACAUUUUGCACUUGCCAAGGAAAAUAAAUCCUUGCUCCGCUUUUAUAACCAGGAAAUGUGUUAACGUAUGAGCCUAUAAUGAGCACUUACAUUCAAGGAAACAACAACGUUGCUCACUUGUUGAAUGUAGAAGAAAUUUAAGUUCCCAGGAUAAAUUCUGAGAAGCAUUUUAUACAACAUUGGUACAGUAUAUCUGACGUAAAUGAAUAAUCAAGAAUCGAAUUCAAUCGAAUUGAAAAUAAAUGAUUCUGGACUUUGUGAAUUGAAAUCAAAUUGAAUCGGAUGAUCAGUGCCGAUAUCCUGCCUUAUGAGAUACUAAGUAAAAUUAUGAGAUAAAAAAAAUCUGACUUUGACUUUUAAAGUUAAAAUUUUAAAUUAAGUCAAAAUAAUUGAUUGACGUGAUUGGUUGAUUUUAAAUUUAAAUGAUGAGUAGUCAAAACUUUGGAGAAACUGAGAUAUAAUUAUGAAAAAGUUUGCCUUUCGAGAAAGUGAGGCAUAAUUUUGAAAUUUGAAAGGUCAGUAACUCGAAACUGUCACUACCUCAUAAUUUUAACUGAAAAAGUCAAACUUUUGACUUGCUAUCUUGCUAAUGACGACUUAGUAUUUCAUAACUGUGAUGUUAAAGUUUGGACACAGUAUCUGAGAAACCCGUACUUUUUGUCUUCUUAACAUUUAUUUUGCUUUUUUUCUGGUGGAAGAAAAAGAUGUCGCCCUAUAGUUGGCUCAGUAUAAUUGUUCUUGAUUGUUCUCUGUAUAUAUGACUUACAGUUUUCCUGUAUUAACGAAUAAUAAAAAGUAACAUUUUAUAAAAUAAAUAUCU